UUUUAUCAAGACGUCAUACGUCACGCGUGUGACGCAGAGGGUGAAAGGUCAGAGCGUCGUCGUGCACGCGCAGCGAGAACAUGACAACAUUACGAGCUUUCACGUGCGAUGAUCUGUUUAAAUUCAAUAACAUUAAUCUGGAUCCUUUGACUGAGACUUAUGGGAUUCCCUUUUAUCUGCAGUAUCUGGCUCAUUGGCCCGAGUAUUUCAUAGUAGCAGAAGCUCCAGGCGGUGAACUGAUGGGUUACAUAAUGGGAAAAGCAGAAGGAUCCGUCGCCAGAGAAGAAUGGCACGGUCAUGUGACCGCUCUGUCUGUGGCACCCGAGUUCAGACGACUGGGUCUGGCUGCUAAACUCAUGGAGAUGCUGGAAGAGAUUUCAGAGAGGAAGGGUGGAUUCUUUGUCGAUCUCUUUGUACGAGUCUCCAAUCAAGUGGCUGUAAAUAUGUACAAACAGCUGGGUUACAGCGUCUACAGAACUGUGAUAGAGUAUUACUCUGCUAGUAACGGAGAGCCAGAUGAAGAUGCUUACGACAUGAGGAAAGCUUUAUCCAGAGACACAGAGAAGAAAUCUAUAAUCCCUCUUCCUCAUCCUGUCCGACCGGAGGACAUUGAAUAACACUAGCACGUGACUCUCUGAAUUCAUCAGCAUCCACCUGAACAAAGAAACUUGCUUUUGUCACAACAUCUCAAGACUUUAGCUGAGACAGAGAGUCACUGCUCUGAAUGAAUGAAUGAUUUUAUUGUUGUUUUUUGGUUGGGUGAUAGAGAUGAAACUGAGGGACAUUGGAAUUGUAGUUACAUUAAAUAAAAAGCUCAAAAUCCAAA